AUGGCCAACUCAGCGAUGACUCCAACGCCUCCAGUAUCACACCCUUACAACACCCACACCAGCUCGAUGAGCGCCCACAACACUCCGAUGUCGUCCGAGGACCACGUCCCACAAUUGCCGGCAGAAGCUACCUACAAUGCCAUCGAAGAGGCCAGGGAUACCAACGAUCCUACGCGGGGCACCAACAACGACCGAAACGUCACCUACAUCAACAAUCAAACAAUGAGCGUCACUAGUGAUGUGUCUACUGAAUAUCUGCACCCUCGCGUCCAAUGUGAAUUGGCCAAACUCCAAGCAUUGAUGCAAGAUCUUCGGGACGAGAAGGCCGAACUCGUCUCAUUGAAGGCCGAGCUCAGGAAUGCAUUGCUCAAUAUCCAGAGUCAUCCACAAUCAGGGCCUGCGCCUCCGCCCACAAAUACCUACAUCAUUCCUGCGAGACGAACUCCCGCCGCGGGCUCUACAGUUGCGGCCCUCGGCCUCGUCAACAAUGCCCCCACCACAACUCUCAGCAGCAAUACUGCCAACAACGCUGAUGCUACUGCCAGUGAUGCCACCGCCAAUGCGAACAACAAUAUCAACAAUCCCGCUCCUACGAGACAGCCUCCAAUGGCCUCAAUUGCAUCGGUCCUGGACGUGUUGUACAUUCUGUGCCGUGCUCUCGAUGACCAAUUCAACAAGGUGAAGUCGUUAUGCUUGGAUGACCACAACAAUAUUCAGGCGGUCCACGAAGUUUUCGUCUCCUACUUGGAAAACGAAGAUCUAUACGUCGACACAGUGAGAGCAAGCUUGGAUCGAUUCGCUUCCGGAGGACUCGCCGAAUACGCAAAAAUGCGGCCAACAGCCGUCCCCUCACACCGGGCGACAACAACACAAUCCCAGGGACAGCAGCAGCAGGGCGAGGAGGUAGGUGAGGAUAGCGGCCAGCAUUUGCGGCCGCCGUCAUCUGUGUCGUACGGGCAGUAA